CCAUCUUCAUCUUCAUCUUCAUCUUCUCUCUAAACAAAAACAAGAAACUUUGAAUCCAGCCAUGGGAUUUCCAGUUGGGUAUACAGAGCUUCUACUUCCCAAGCUUCUUCUUCACACACUCUCUGUUUUGGGUUUUAUAAGAACCCUAAUUUCAACCAUUUUUCAAUCAAUCGGAUUUGGGGAUUUCCUAAAUCCAGAAGUGACAUGGACAAAUCGGUCGGAGGAAUUCCCACCGGAGCCCCAACACAAAUCUUUGUCGGCUGCCCUGAUCAGGGAACUUCUUCCGGUGGUGAGAUUCUCCGAUCUGGAACACCCACCGGCGGCGGAGAGCUGUGCUGUCUGUUUGUACGAGUUUGAUUGUUGUGACGAGAUCCGACAACUGACGAACUGCCGACAUAUAUUCCAUCGGAGUUGCCUUGACCGUUGGAUGGACCAUGAUCAACGGACAUGUCCACUCUGUAGGACCCAGUUCGUGCCGGAUGAUAUGCAGGAAUCGUUUAAUGAACGACUGUGGGCGGCUACCGGAGUUUCUGAUUUCUACGGCGAGUAUUCACCGGUUGCCGCCGGUUUGUAGCGGCGAGUGGGUAGUUGAAGAUUUUAGUUUUUUUUUUUUUUUUUUUUUUUUUUGGUAUGCUGGAAUUGUGGAAUGACAAAAUAGUAGAGAGAGAGAUAAUAAUUAAAAAUAUUAUUAAAAAUGUAUAUAUUUGAAGAAAAAUGGGAAAGAAGACAGACUAAAGUUGUAUUUUAAGAAAAGAAUGAAAAAGGUGCAUCUACCAAUCUUGUAAAUACUAUGAAUCAUGGAUUUCAAUUCAAUGUUUUUGUUUGGAUUUUUAUAAUGCCACUAAA